GACGAUCGUCAAGGGAAGCGAACGGGAAGGGUGCCAUCGCUUGUUCCUCCGAGCUUCCAUUCCAUUCCAGUCCCAUUCCAUGUGGAGUUGCGCCCAUGCAGGUGCAGAACGUGUUUCCUUAGAGACAGAUCUGGCCUCGUUUGGCCUUGUAUCGAGCUCGCUGCUCUUGUCUUUCUGCGAAGGGGCCUCAGGGGUCGCCGUGUGCGUUUUUCUUCAAUGCUGCGGCGCAGGGAAUGGGAUUUUGACCAAGUUCCAGCGAGUUUGAAGCACGGCGGUGUGGGUUGGGAGCGUUGGCGCUUGUUUUGUAUUGAUGAGAAAAGGGAAAUUAUAGAGGUAUCAUCUAGGUCGUUUAUGGUUUGGGUUGUCAAUUGUGUUUAGAAGGUGGUAUGAUGAGGAAUAGGGAGUCGGAAUGCGAACCUGGAGCGAUUGCGUUGGAUAUCGGAUUGGUUCAGUCGGUUUGCCGACUUGAUGUCUGUACGCGUGGUUGUGUCGAGCUCGUGGCCUGUAGCUCGAUAAUUGGGGAGGAGAGGUGGUAGGAAAGGAAGUGUACGAAGUGUUUUGCAUUGAGAGAUCAUGUUCUGUUUCCACCGCUAGACAGUUGUUGAGCUGGGGGGAGCUGAUCAAGGAGGAAGUCGACCUGCCUAGGGGAGAUGCGAUCAUGUGAUUGUUUUACUGGGAGUGUGCAUUGAGAUCCUCAGGCCUAAUUGUUGGAACCUCUUGAUGUUUUGAAAACAUUCUUAUUGGUAAUUGAGGCGUAGAGAGUAACCUCCAGUUACCUGCUUAACUAUUUUAAAGUGAAGGUUUCCGGACCGUGUGACCUUCGUAUCAUUUUGAACUCCCCACAUUUAUUUUUCGGGGUCUUAGAAAUCGGUUCCCAUUUGCCUGCGACGUAGUUGAAGCUUGCAACUUGCGAUGGAAGCGAUUGCCCCUCAUCGCUCAACGUCAGCAGCGUUUGUCCCUCAUCAGCAGCGCCAACGUCGUCGUCGAUCUUCCAUGUCAAAGGAGUUAGCGCAAGGCAACAGGAAAAUAUAUGACCCACGGAGUUGGCAGAAAAAAACACACAGUGGUUCAGACCGAGGUGGGCAACCUCCUGCAGGAUGGGUCCUUAUUUGGACUGGAAGGUUUAAGCGUUGGCAGCGGCGUUGGUUUGUUGCAAAUCCUCCAGGACUGCUUCUUCACUACAAGAAUUCAGAAACAGUUGGUCGUCAUGGAUGCAUCAGCCUCCUUGGAGCCACGGUGGUUCCUACCUCAGGCAAGGAACGGCAGUUCAAGAUUAUGAAGGGUUCUGAUGUGUAUUAUCUGCGUACGAUCAGUCGUGACUAUCGGCAGCCAUGGUUGGAUGCCAUUCAUGAAUCAAUUCGGGUGUAUCAUGACUCAGUUCAGAGGGCUGGACGGGAUGCCGGGAUUGCAUUACUUCCUCAACCAUCUGUACCCUCGCAUGAGAGAGAGGAUUGGGAGGAUCAAGAAAGAGAGUUCAAUAGAAGAGUCAGAGAACGCCUCAAAGAUCUGGAGCCCACACGGCAGGCUUUUCUUGAUCAGUUGCAGACGUUACAACAAUCAUUAUCAACGAUCUCGGGCGUCCUUGGCUUUGCCGAACACUCUGAAGGACCCGUGAAUCCUACAACGACAAACGGGCUCUCCACUUCACCUAAACUUCCAGAAACAAACUGGAGGUCGAACGGGCUAUUCAUGAUGGAGGAUGAAGCACCUGAGUCGGAUGCUGUUCAACAGCAGACUGUUACUCCAGCAACAGGAGAUGACAAACUAUCUUCUCCAGGGAUGGGAGCGACGAAACCUUUUCAGAAUUAUUCUGGACCUAUGUCGCCUUGGAUGCUUCGGGUACAUGAAAAUGACCAUGAGAACAUAAAUGGUUCUCGUUCUCUCUUAAAGAUGAAAAGCGACGCGGAGGCUUUUCUGCCCAAGGAGCCAACUCAAGAUAUAAGCGGUAUCAGGUCUCAAAAUUCAGUGCCCAUCUUUAAUUCACGAGUUGAAAAGAAAUUUGAAAGGGGAAGGCGGAGAAGCUUAUCUGUGUCGCUGGAUGAUCAUGAUCCUGAAUUUUUUUCUAAGGAUGUUAGUUGCAUCGGAGCUGAGUGCUUCUCAGGAAGAAAACGUAGCGUUCAUGGUAAUUCAUCCGACCCUGAAUCAGGGUCUAAGAAACAGCCUAUUAGUUUUAGUGGUCCUUUGCAUCACCGGAAAAGGAAUGGGGACUCUGCUCACGGUAUUGCAUCAACUUCCAGCGAGGAAUCUGAUCCAAGUCUAAUGAAGAAGUUGGAUAGAGACGUCAUGGUACAAAGGAAGGAAACUGAUGGGUCAUCUCAUGGGUCAACUUCUAGAACAGGUGGGGCCUCAAGCCACGGAAGUAAGGAAGACAAGUUCGGGGUAGGGCAACUGAAAGCGUUUGAUAAAGAAGCAUCGACCGGUCCUGGAAGGAAUGGGUUAUUCAGUCAAGGACCUCUUCAUGCCGCUUGGAACAACAUGCAGGAUACGUACAAUGAGGCCUUGAAAGAAGAGAUAUGCCGAGUGCUUGAACUUGAAGCAGAUAAUGCUGUCUUACAACAAGCAUUGAGAUCCUUGCGCCAACUUCAUCAUGAUAGAGCAGCUCAUUCGAGCAUGAGAGAAAGAUGCAAGGAAGAGAAACAGUGCGAAUGUGAACACAAAAAUACUUCUGAGGAGUCAGUCACGGAAGAUGGAGAGGACACUGAAGAUGAUAUUGCAAUAGUGCAUCCUGAUGUUGGAAAUGAGGAAUACUUUGAAGCCUUGGAGGUCUUGAAUCAUCAUGAAUUUGCUUCUCGGUCAAUGUCAUCUGAAGAGCAAGAAAACCUAGCUGAAACAAUGGAUGUUGAUCAAGAACCCCCUGAAGAGGCUGAUAUAGGGGAUGCUGAUUUUCUGUCAGAAGCUGAAGGAGAAGGGGUUGAUCAGCCAAGAAGGAGAUUACCAGCUCCUAGACCUCUCUCACGAGGGUUUACUGUUUGGACAGUAUUGAAGAACGCGGUUGGCAGGGAUCUCAACCACAUCACUAUGCCUGCUACCAUCAACGAGCCUCUCUCAGUGCUUCAAAAGUGUGCUGAAGAAUUGCAAUAUCGGGACUUAUUGGAGCAGGCAGUUCGGAAGACAGACUCUUUAGAGCGUCUACUUUUGGCAACAGCAUUCACUUGUGCAAGCUAUUAUGGUAGCAUCCAUCGUGAUGCAAAACCUUUCAAUCCACUAUUGGGGGAAACUUAUGAGUAUCAGGACAACCACUGUUGGUUUCUGGCUGAGCAGGUGAGUCAUCACCCACCCAUAUUAGCAUUCCAAAGUGAAAGCAAAAGCGAGACAUACCAAAUUUGUGGCGAGAUCGAGAUCAAAAACAAAUUUUGGGGGAAAAGUAUAGAGGUACUGUGCAAUGGAGGGGUCCAUUUAAAAAUCCCUAAGUAUGGCGACCAUAUUGUAUGGAACCGAGCAACGCUUUGCAUUCACAAUGUUGUGGUUGGUAAAGCUUGGAUCGACAAUUAUGGGGAGGUAUCUGUGGUGAACCACACCACGGGUGAAGUCGGUCGUGUUCGCUUUCACAAAGCGACCAGCAGAGAACAAUGCCGCAUCUCUGGGAAGAUCUAUGACGCAAAAGGGGCUGCUCACUAUACAAUUUUCGGUAAUUACAUGGAAGCUAUUUAUUCAUGUCCAGAGACAUGCACCAACUUCGAUGUCAAUGGUCCGGACGUGAGACUACUUUGGAAAGCACCUGAGCAAAUUGAAGAUUAUCGUCAGCAAUACUGUUUUACUCGAUACGCGCUAGCUCUGAAUGAGUUGAAUCAAAAGUUGUCCGAUGCACUUCCGCCCACUGAUUCAAGGUUAAGACCCGAUCAACGUGCUCUGGAGGAUGGCAACUUGGAGGUAGCUACUCCAGAGAAGUUGCGUUUGGAAGAGAAGCAGAGGAUUGCUCGACGAGUGCGAAAAGAGCAAGGCAUAGAAUGGCAGACUAUGUGGUUUACUCAGAGGGAGCCAGGAUCGUCAGAAGUGAAAUCAGUUGAAAAUGGUGUUACAGAGCCAUCAUGGGUAUACAAGAACACAUAUUGGGAUGCCCGUGAGAAGCGUGACUGGGAAAAUUGUCCCGAUAUCAUGUAGGUUUUUGACGCCAAUUGAUUUGUGAGUGCGCGGGGUUUAUACUUCACCCUAAUAAUUUUCCAGGCUGUAUAGCUCACAAGAACGGUAUCAUUUUUGGGUUGAAUUUGAGGGUUCACUACUGUGCAAUUAAGCUUAUGUAGGAAUCAGAUUGAGUAUUUGUUACAAAGUUUGUAUAUGCCAAAUUAUGCUUUGUGGCUUGGAGAAGAGUAAACAUUCACUAGCCAGCCGCCAUCAGUUUACAGUUAGGCUGAGAGAUUGUACAAAUAAUUUGCGGUAACGUGCAGGUGUAUACAACUCUUGAAUCACCUCAGAAAAGUAAUUUUACAUUUUUAUAUGAAUAUUCAUCAAGUAUUAUGACUAUAAUGUCUUCGAUGGCAGCAGGAUGGAUUCUUUCUAUUGAUAAAAAGUAGAAUCAAUGUACGAAAUAAUUCAACUUGAUUGAAUAGAAAUGCUCAAUAGAAUAGUUCUCAUGA